AUGCGGGUUAGGGUCGGGGCGCCGGCCAAGCUCAACCUUUACCUCCAUGUGACCGGCCGCCGCGCCGACGGCUAUCACGAGUUGGACAGCCUCGUCACCUUCACGGCGCUCGCAGACACGCUUGAAAUCGCGCCGGCCGAAUCCCUCCGCCUCAGCGUGACCGGCCCGUUCGCCGACGCCUUGGAUGCGGGCGACAAUCUGGCGGCGCGGGCGGCGACGGCGCUGGCGGAGAAGCUUGGCCGCCCCGCUGAUGUGCGCAUCACGCUCGACAAGCGCAUCCCGGUUGCGGCCGGCCUCGGCGGCGGCUCGGCCGAUGCGGCUGCGGUGCUGCGCGGCCUCGCCCGGCUGUGGCGGCUCGGCGCCGAGCACGCAGGCGAUCUUCGGGAGACCGCGCUCGGUCUCGGCGCCGACGUGCCGGUCUGCCUCGACUCCCGCGCCGCCCACAUGGCGGGUAUCGGCGAGGCGUUGAGCGCACCGCCGCACGCUGCCGCCGUGCGGCGUGCUGCUGGUUAA